AUGCGUCACGUCCAGUUUAGACCUCGGUCCUCCCUGUCCGAAACCUGGAUUGCUCUCGAUUUGCCCACUCGGCCCUGGCCCCGCAUCCCCAACCUCUUCCAACCAGCUUGGGAAAUUCCCGGUGCAGCGGCAGCAGCAUCAACCCCCGACCUCACCCCUCGAGCGCUCCCCUACGACCUUUUGUCGACCAACAUUGACAGCGGUCCGCGAGGAUUCCCUGUCGCUCAACCCGCGCUCAACGCAUCUGUGCUGCCCCCAGACGCACUGCCAUCGGCAACCGCCGCCAGCAUGGACCUGCCGCGCAACAUAUGGCCCGCCAGGAGGCCGGGAGCGCGCGCUCCUGUCGCCGGCCCUGCCGCCCAGCCCACGCUUGCUGUCCCCGGAAGCCUUCCGAUGCAUUCACUCGGCAAGAUUGACAUUCUCGAGGAUGACUUUCAGCUGGAUCCUCGCAUGGAGAUCCUAGAGUUCAGCCCUGUUCGAUGGGAAGUAGAGGAGGCACGCCUGGCAAAUAUUGCCCAUGUGCUUUCGAUUGCCUUUCUCGUCACAAGGCUGGUUGAAGGAUUGGUGGAAUGUCCCCGAACUAUCAUCGCGCCAUCAUCAAUCGCCGUCUUCAGGCAGCCACCGUCAACAUCCACACCAAACCAAACCGAAGUCAUAGCUCGCGAGAGCGCGUCCAACUCACGUCGCCGUGAGUUGGGUAUUCGAACAAUGUCUACCAACGAGUCCCCGACCCAAGCCCACUCUCCCUUCUCCUUUCAGGAGGAUCUUGGGGAGCCCCAAUUCCCGCUGCUGCCGCCAAGUCCGACCUACCAUGCGCUUGGUCUCGAGAGCUCGCAGGCCGUCGUACCGCCACCCACGCCACAAACCGCAUCCUCGUAUCCCACAAUGAACACAAGCUUUGCCGACUCGUUGGGCUCAAGCGCGGUAGAGCCGCUUCAGGAUCUCGAUCCUAUGAUGGCGUUCCAGCUUGGCCUCUACCUCGGCUCGACGGACCCUUCCUGGGCUGUACCAGACAACUAUCCACCAGGAGACCUUUUUACCAACACCUUGGAUGAGAACCUGUUCACCGGCAUCGACUUUACGCCCGAGACUUGCACAUACACGCCGCCACAUGGCUCCACCAGCCCCACGACUUCCCUCUACGACAUGGAUGCCAUGUACCUCCCGGGCAGCCACCACACCCCCGCGGCUCCCCUCACCCCCAUCUCCCUUUCGAGCGCCACCCCCGAAUCCGCACUCUCCCCCGCCUCCCCGGCCACGGCAUUCAACCAAACCUUCCCAUACCUAGAAGCCGCGCAAAACAAUAACAACCACAACCCAAACCCACCACCCACCAACCCCAGCGCAGCACCCACCACCAACAACAACGACCCCACCCCACCCAACAAGCACAAGCCGCGCGACAACAACAACAACAACAACAACAACAACAACAACAACAACCACAAACGCGCCCGCUUCCGGUGCCCGGUAACGCCGGCCACCACGGCCCGCUGCGCGCGCGGCUUCCUAGACGCGCGCACGCUGCACCGCCACCUGUGGACGCAGCACAAGGCGUAUGCGCGCGAGCACGCCGUGCCGUCCGAGGAGGCGCGCUGUCCGCAUGCGGGGUGUGGGUAUGUGGGGAGGGCGGAUAAUGUCGCGAGGCAUGUUAAGAGGCAUGGACGGUGA